UAAUAACUGAGCGACCACGGCUUGAAUUGUUUCUUGAAAUCGUGGCUGGAUGAAACACUUUAUCACUUCUCUCACAAGAGACCACAAUGGUGAUAUUUUGACACUGAGGGAUGUUCGUAAUCGAAACUGCUUUAGUCAGCGGGCAUCAAUCUGUGGUGAAGACAGCUGAAGAAGAAACACUUUGCUCACAGUAAAACUCUUUCACAGAAGAAAACAAGUUGGAGGUGUAACGAUCAAGGAGGACAAUCCUAUUUACAGUCCACCAAGCUGAAAGGAAGGAAAGGACAGGAGUACAGAGAGUGGUGUUGGGGAUGGGUCUGAAAAGCCAAAGAAGGGCGUGAUGGUUCACAGUGACUCUGCAUCCCCAAUGAAAACGACACCAUCAGCAUCACCUCAUUUAACUGUUACUGCUACUGCACCUCCUCUUAUGCUUUCCCAUGGAGGUACUGCAGUUCAGGACCUAAACCAUAUUCCAACCCAAGCCCUCACCACAGACCUCACCUCCAACUCAGGGUUUACACAACCCUCUACUCUGACUCCUGCUGAUGCAAACCCCACUGCUGUAACCCCAGCAAAAACAUUGAGUAUAUCAUCGAUCUCCACAACAACUCCUGCUCCGGAUCCAAUCAGUGGCCGCACAUCGGGCAGGAAGAGGACUCCUAAGGCUUGUAACUGCUGUGGUCCUAACAGCACAGGACACAAUGUUAAGACCUCAGUGGGUGGGAGAGGGAGUGGCAGGGGGAGAGGUGCUGGUCGGAACAUUGGGCAUACUCUAAAAAGAAACUUCCAGGUGACCCCGGUCAAGAAUCUUGAUUUGGCCAAGGAGAAAUCGACAGAUGAAAAUGACACAGGUGGCAAGGUUCAACAGUCAGGUUCAGCAGUGGAUAAUGCUCCGUCACAAACUACUGAAACUCCCGUCUCCUUGCAGGAUGUACCAGUUAAGAGCUGUGUUGAGUCAGAAAAACAGCAAGUUAAGAAAAAGAAAACGUCACCUCUGGGUUCAGAGGUUAGUGGUGCACUGCAGAUGGAAGGUAGCGAUAGCCCAAACACAGAAAAGAGCGCUUUAGGAACAGCAGAGCAGGGAGGGUUUAUCGUUAUAAGUCAAAACAGAGAAGGGAGGGAGAUUGAAAUAAAAGGAGCUCAAGGUGGUGCCACCACCUUGAAAACGGAUGCCUUAGGUCAGUCAAUGCCGGGGGAAAACCAAAAUACACCGAAUUCACAGCAUAAACAUGGGGGUGAGACAAACACGGUUAAUAGUUCAUUUAGAAAUGGAGAAACUGUAAAUCUUUGUGAUACAGAAGAGGAGGUGCAGGAGGACUACAUGAUUGUAAUUGAACCAGGAAAUGGUCCACUGUCCACCUCAUGGCCGGUCACACCCGGAGUACUUCAGGACCUGGACGCUGAGGCGGAAGUGUUUCACAGCCCAGAAAGAAUGGAUCUUUUUUCUUUAGCGUCAACACUGUCCAAUGGAAACAUCAGUCCAUCAGAAAACCACAACCACAGCGCCAUGCUGGAAACUCCUCAUCCAUCCAAGGAUUCCUCUCCGACAUUCACCCCUAUAUCGGUCAACCAAAAAGACCACCCAUGGGCCAUAUGGGACCACAAACUGUACACUCUGUCUGGCACUUGGGAAAAUAAUGAGGAGGGAACAUCAGAUAGGACUUCGCAACAAGAGGCCGUGAUGGAUGCAACGAUGCAGAGAGAAGAAGUCCUGGCGCACCUUACCCAUAUGGUCCAUGAGUUUUUGGAGCAAUUCUACAUAAAAUAUGGAAGUUUCAUUCCUCUCACCGAGACCGAUGUUCUUGAGCAUCUGAAGACAGAAGGCAGCCCUGACCUCGUUGACAGUGGCCUGGACAUCAAAGGAGAGAUCACUCGGUACAGGGCAGGGCUGGCCUCUGCUCCUUUCACAGGCUUCAUGGUCACUUAUAACAAACACACUCUGAGCUUGGAGGACCUUGGAACUCUGGAGGAACAGAACUGGCUGAAUGAUCAGAUAAUUAACAUGUAUGGAGAGCUCAUUAUGGAGGCGACGGAGCACAAGGUUCAUUUUUUCAACAGCUUCUUUCACAAGCAGCUGGUAGCCAAAGGUUAUGAUGGUGUGAAGAGGUGGACUAAAAAAGUCGACCUUUUCUCCAAGUGGCUCUUGCUAAUUCCCAUCCAUUUAGAGAUACACUGGUCGCUUGUCACUGUCACCAUGGCAACCAAAACCAUCAGCUACUAUGACAGCCAAGGCAUCGUCUUCAGACACACCACAGACAACAUCAUGAAGUACCUUCAGUCUGAAGCCUCAGAGAAGAAACUGACUGGUUUUCAGAAGGGUUGGACAACUGCUAUUAUCAAGGGUAUCCCUCAGCAGAAGAACGACAGUGACUGUGGGGUUUUCAUACUGGAGUACUGCCGUCGUCUGUCAGUGAAGAAGCCUCUGCUCUUCAGUCAGGAAGACAUGCCAUGCAUCCGCAAGAGAAUCUACAAGGAGCUGUGUGACUGUCAUCUGAACAACUGAACAGCCAUGAAGCAGCAAGUCGCUGUUACUCACUGGAUUCUUGUUUGGUUACGCGAGACUGUCUACUGAAGCCUGUCGAACGGCCACUUCAGUCACAGCUGGCAGAAACCAACGACACCAAACCAUCUCUAUCCGGAGAGCCUUUAAAGCCCAUGUGCCCGUUAACUAUCAAAAACGUCACUCACUUGGGAUUGUUGGGUGGUGUGUUAGAGUUCAGCAACACUUUGACAUUUUAGAAGAUUAUGACUUCCAGAUUUGCAAGGAUCUACUGAUGUGGCUCUUACUGACUCUUGAAAAUGCAGGACCUGUGCAUUUCUGGUCAAUGAUGCUGUCUCCAUUCACCCUCACAUUUCCACAUUUUCAAACAAAAGGCCCAGAUAGCCCCCUUUAAGGACUCCGUGGAGCAUUAAACUUCAAAUUACUGAGUGUUAUGGACCAACAGGGUGGACGUGCUGCUGAAGUUGGAGUGGCUUCACUUCUGAGAUGCCCAUUUGAAAUGAAUGACACUGAUACACUUGAGUUUACGCUGCACUGUUGGACUCUGUCCUAGUUAAGUGGUAUGCAUGUUUGAAGUCAUGUUGAUAAAGUAAGCAUAUUCAGUGGACCAGCUGUUUAAUUCAAAGUUAAAGGGAUAGUUCAGGAUUUUUGACUUGAAUCUGUAUAGCAUCCCUAUCAGCAGUGUUGUUCAUUCACACAGACUUACCCCUGACAGCGUCCAGUGAGCGGAGAUCCUGUCCGGUUUCGGUCCAGAGGAAGGUAGUUUGCCAGGGUCCCGAAAAUGAAGCGUUUUUCUUCUCAAACCAAUAUGUGUCUGAAAGAGUGAUAUAUUUGCAUCACAAACCGUUUACUGCGAAAAAGUCAUACCUCGUAAACACUUGACACUAUUUU